AUGGACUUGGUUUGUCUACCUUUGCAUCAAAUCGAUAUUAUUCUUGGAAUGAACUGGUUGGAGUUCAACUAUGUUCAUAUCAAUGGCUACAGCAAAAUCAUCAAGUUCCCAGAGUUUGGUGAUUAUCGAGAGCUGAUGUUUUUAUCUACUAAGCAAGUAAAAGAACUCUUAGAAGAUGACACUCAGAUGUUUUCAAUGUUUGCAUCAUUGAAAGUCGACAAUAAGGCUACAAGUGUUGAUCUGCCUGUUGUGUGCAAUUUCCCAGAUGUAUUUCCAGAUGAUAUCAGUGACUUGCCACCAGAGCGUAAAAUUGAGUUUUCCAUUGAUAUGAUACCUGGUACCAAUCAUAUGUCGAUGGCUCCAUAUAGGAUAUCAACUUCAGGGUUGGGUGAAUUGAAUAAAUAG